AGCAUGGCGUCCAAGAAUCUCCUUGUGUUUGCUGUCCUGCUUGCCGCCGCUUUCCUCGUCUGCUCCACGGCCGAACAAACCCAGGCCAAGAAGGAAGAGACCAAGGCCGAUGUACACGGCUACGGUGGAGGCGGAGGCGGCUACCCCGGCGGAGGCGGAGGUGGCUACCCCGGGGGAGGCGGAGGCGGCGGCGGUUACCCUGGCCACGGUGGAGGCGGAGGCGGCUACCCCGGGGGAGGCGGAGGGGGAGGCGGCGGCGGUCACCCUGGCCACGGUGGAGGCGGUGGCGGCUACCCGGGCCAAGGCGGAGGCGGCGGCGGAUACCCGGGCCAUGGAGGCGGCUACCCGGGCCAUGGCGGCGGCGGCGGCGGAUACCCGGGUCAUGGAGGCGGCGGCGGUGGCGGACACCCGGGUCAUGGAGGCGGCGGCGGAUACCCGGAGCACAUGUACCGGGCGGAGGUCCGCAACUGAGCACGCGAGUCGCAGCUACGUACCAUGCGCGUAGCGCUCUACACGUGCGGUUGCUCUACGCGAAGUUACCUGUAAAUUAAGAUAGUCUGGUCUCUAUACGUGCGCGUUACCACACACUGUGUUCUUGCAAGUCUGUACUACUACUAUGCGCUGAAUAAUACGUCUAUCUCCGACUUA